AUGGAAGCGGCGCAUUCAAUCAGCGCGCGUAGCAUGCCUUCAAUGUCCACUCAACAAUACGAUACGGACUCGAUUCCUCGCCCGCCUUCCGCAUCGCUUGCUCGCAAGAGUUCGAUUCGCGCGGUUCCCUACGACCCAACCGACACUCGCCUGCCCCUCGCGCCGUCCUUGUCGGGCGCAUCAACCAGCAGUUAUUCCCCCUCCAGCUGGCCAUUUCCCAAAGGCCACCACAGGCAAAACAGCAAAUCCAAGUUGCCUGUUCCUGUUGACAACGGUAGCCCAGUGAGAAUGGCUCGCAGAGAGACCUCUCCGACACGUAAAUUUGCUCAGAGAUCCGUAAUGAGAGCGGCAGCGAGUGCCCCCUCUCGCCAGGGCAGUUUUCACGAAUCUUCCCUGCGGAAUGAGACCUUCAGCAACGGCCGGGAAUCCUCGACCCCAGAUGAGGAGCGCGAUUCUGAUGAAACUGGCAAUGGCACUACCCAUGUAUCCCAGACAAACGGGGUUGUGAUGAACGAUGGUGAAGAGAGACCCCGGUCUCGUCAAAAGCGCCCGGAGGUUCUCACGCGAGCUUCUACUUCUUCGCUCGCCAGCCGCCCAAAGACCCCAUUUCCUUUCUCUGUUCCUGAUGACAUGCCCUCUGAACGGCCCACGAACCCCACUCCUCACGCCGGCCUGGCGAAGCAGUCUGAAGCGCUGCGGGAUUCACGAUUCACCGCUGAAUAUUUCGAAACCAUCAGCAUCCACGAUCAUGCGCCAAGUCCCGAGCCACUCACUCCUCCUCGCCGUCUCUCCGUCUCGCAAAGCGACUCGACCGAUGCCAUGUACGGAGGUAGUCGCCAAGUUUCCACUUUCUCAACCGUCCACGAAGUUGACGAGGAAGAUGGCGACCACGGCAUAGGCAUGCGGAACACGGUUGACCUGGAGCGUACCAUGACAUUUGUUCGGGACAGCUCAGAUGACCAGACGUUCGCCGACAAGAACAUCACCCUAGACAGUUCUACCCAACAAGACGAAAGCGUCGUGAGCGCAAAGCGAGCCAGCAGCAACCCAUUCGGCUUCCAUGAAAACGUGGACAUAGGCGAUGGCACCCCUGACCGCGGUAUCAUGCUGAUAGAUCCCAAUGUGACCGCCGAUCUCACCAACCACAACAUCUCGCGGAUCACUUCCGGCUCACGGAUGUGGACACCCCUCCCUAACAUCGACUCGAUCCGGCGUGGCCCCAAGAUCCGUCAUCACCGCGUUAUCCCGGAGCCUGGUGGUGGCGGCGGCGGCAAUGGUCCCGGUGGCAUAGCCCCUGCCCGUAGCGGCAUCAUCCCGCCCGUCAACACCCUCGCAGACUUAGCCAUCCUCGGCGGGAACGGCAGUGGCAACAAACUGAACGACCUCGAAGAACAAGACCCGGACCAGCAGGGAAAGGCUCGGCGCGUCAUGCGUCUUCAGAAGUGGCUGGUCCCCGUCUCCUUCGGCGUGCUCCAAGUGUCCAUCAUCUCCUUCGUAGCUAGUAUCGCCGUUUUGGCUUCUCGGUCUUCUGCAUCGACCACGAAUGCUACGGGUAUCAUCGUCUGGAUCAGCAUCAGCGCUGUAUUGCUAAUUUCCUCCCUCGCCACGUUUCUCUUCGGCGCCUGUGCUGUCGGACGUCUGAGGAAGCAGGAGACCGGCGAGGACCCCUGGAUCGAGAUGCACCGUCUGGCUCGAGCUCUUCCUCCGCGCCCUCCUGCCGAGAAGGAGGGCGACAACAAAGCCGGCAAAAAGAGCAAGGCACUAGCGGAAGAGGACAAGGCCGCGACGGAACAGGCGUGGAAGAAGUUCGCUGAUGAUCAGGAGCAGCUGAGGAAGUAUGUCGAGAAGUUGGAGCAGGAGAUCUUGGACAUCAAAGAAAAGCGGGAAGAAGAGCAAGGUGUGCUAUAUGCUGCACAUCAGCAGCUACUACAAACUGCCAAAGAGCAGGAGCAGCAGCAGCAGCAACAGGAGCUGCAUCCCAUCGGCACCGCCAUUUCCACCGGCGACCAAACGCCCGAUUCCAAAUCCAAUUCCUACAAACAACCCACCGUCGAAGACUGCCCCGACUGCCCCAGCAACCAGCCCUCCGAAGACGAAGACAUCACCCUAACACCCAAAGCCUCCAAAGCAACCCACACCGCACCCAGGGAUUCCCUAAUCGCAGACAACAAACCAACCUACUACACCAGCGGUCGCCGCCCGCGCUCCAACACGACCGGCACAGCCACUCAGUCCCUGCACCGCCUCCUUGGGCCCCCUUCCGAGUUGGAUUCCGGCCACUUCCAACGUACAGGUCUAGGUGUUCCAGCCAGUAACAGCGGCGGGACCAUUGCGUCUUUGAAUUUGCAUAUUCACGGCUAUUACAGCAGCCCCAGCCGCCGCAACGGUGACAGCCACGGCCGCGGAAACCACAAGGCUCAAGGCGAUCACACCCACACCCAGCACACCGCCUACGUAAUGAAUACCCCUUCGGGAGUCACCAUGGGCGUCCCCAUCUCCCAAACCCAAUCCAGCAUCUUGACCGAGCUCUGCGAGGCCGUGACCCUUUCCGGUCUCUCCGGUACUGGCUCUAGCACCACCAACCAAGUCGGUGGGAUCGAGGGCUAUAGUCCGCUUGGUAGAGACGAGAUUUCGGGAGCGAUGAGGAAGGCGGGUGUCACCAACAACAACGACAACAGCAACAAUAACAAAGUGACGCCUUCGCCUUCGCCUUCGCCUUCACCCAGACCCUCGCAGUCGCCAUUGGAGUCAUCUAUCCCGGUUCCGAAUCCAAUUUCGGUGGGGACGUCGUCGUCUGUGAGCACGGGAGCAGGCGCGGGAGCCUCGGGGGCAGCGGAGAGUGAGAGGACCAGAACGGAACACGGAAUGCUGCCACCAAAGAAGAAGGGAAUGGUGGGCGGGGUGAGAGCCGUCACGGCAAGUGAUGUUGCUCCUGAAGAAGAAAAAGAGCACGAGGACCACCAGCAGAAGGAGCCGAUGCCCGAGAUGCCCGACAGGGCGGCAAAGCGACCUCAGCAGCAGCAGCAGCAGCAGCGGCGGCGGCGGCAGUACCUAAGCCCGGAGCUAACCUCAAGCAACAGCGGGAAGGAGAGAGCUUAUUAUGGCACGUUUAGGAGGAUGCCUAGCCGGAGGGAGGAUGUAAGGGGCAUGGAGUUUCUUGCCAAUCCUAACAAUGGUGGUGGUGGUGGUGCAGGUCGUUGA